AUGUCCUCGCAAGACGACCCAGCAGCCGCCUGCCCCGUCGACCACAAGACGCGCGAAGCAUGGCUCGCCCAAGCCCGCGCCCAAAACGGCACCACACCACCAAAUCCCCAUAGCACACCCAUCCCAACACCCGCCGCCGCGCCAGCACCCUCCCAAUCCGCCGUCCAGCAAUCCUGCGACUCAUCCACGCUCGACCAAAGCACCGCCUCCCCACCCCCAAGCAGCACAAGCAUCCUCUCGCAAAUACGCCUCGGCACCGACCGCGAAGUAAGCACAAUACCACGCGCCCUACCAGACCAAAUCGCAGCACAACCCGCACCCAAUGCACGACCGGCAAACAACGAGCGCGACACCGGCUCGGACAAGAAAACCGGAAACUGGAUCUACCCCUCAGAGCAAAUGUUCUUCGACGCCAUGCGACGCAAGUCCUACGACCCGUCCGCCCCAGACAUGCGCACCAUAGUGCCCAUCCACAACGCCGUCAACGAACGCGCGUGGCACGAGAUCAAGACGUGGGAAAGCGGGCGCGGGAGUGAGAAAUGCGGCGGGCCUAAAUUGGCGAGUUUCUCUGGGUUGAGCACGAGUUUAACGCCGAGGGCACGGUGGAAGAGUCUGAUGGGGUAUCAGCCGCCGUUUGAUCGACACGAUUGGGUGGUGGAUCGGUGUGGGACGAAGGUUGAGUAUGUGAUUGAUUUUUAUGCGGGCAGGGAUGAGGGGAAGGUGGGGAAGGCGUUGAAUUUUUAUUUGGAUGUUAGGCCCAAGUUGAAUAGUUGGGAGGGGGUUAAGAUGAGGAUAGCGAGGUUUUGGGGUUUUUAG